UUUGCAUUUCACUACGUUUUGUGCGGUUUGCACAUUUCUUCAUUUCAUUCUUGAGUUUGACCAUUUUUACAUUUUAAAUCUUAAACAAACACGAUAAUAUUUACGACAAAGGCUAUAACGAGUGAAUUACGUUCACUUUGAGGUAAGAAUUGCUUUUGCGUGCCUCAAUUUGGGCUGUGGCCGUAGACCGUAGGAAAGCAAAGAGUAUACAGUGAAAGCGGACGGUGACGAUAACUUUAAAGACUUUGGCGUUUUGGGUGUAAAAUACGGCUUUUUGAAAAGCUAACCGAUGGAAUUGGAUGCAAAAGAUAAGCUACGGCGCUUCUGCUAUCUUGGUAGAUUUGAACCCGUGUAUAUACAUCUGCGAGGCCCGAUCAAUGUUGGGCAGUAUUGGUCGCAAUUAGAGGUUCUCUGCAAAUCACUGGAUGACGUAGCAAUGCUUCUAAUUUUGCGACAAGCACUACAGGAAACCACACUCGUGCGACGAGAUGAGCCGCUUCUCGUAUAUGCAGCUUAUUUAGCUAGCUAUGUUGACAUAAAAUGGAAAACAUCCGUGCGUAAAGCCUUUCCGGCGUUAAUACUAAAUGAUGAAGACCUUUUCAUGUUUUGCAAAUAUGCUAUGCUCAUCCAGCGUGAAUUGAAACAUAAAGGCUUUACAAAUACAACACGGAAAGCCAUUACAGCUUGGUAUGAAGAUCAAUCACCCGAAGAGUUACGUCAAAUGUGGCUAACACAUCGCGGUGCACAUGGGUUUACGCACAAAGCGCUUAUUAAGUUAUGUCACAUUAACGACGAAACCAUCGGUGCUGUGGGUACUGUUACGCCAUUCUUCAAAACAUGUACUGAAUUACUUAAAUCAUGUGAAUCAAGUGAGGAAGCCACAACUAUUGAAAAUCAUGCAGACGCUAAGCCACAAGUGGACGAAAAAGCGCAAAUUGCAAAGACAGCCACCACAGAUGUGGAAAAAACACAAAGUAACACGGAAUUGUCGACCUCGGUCAUCUUGUCCGUUAGCAAACUACGUACAACCAAGAAUAAGACAGAGGCAUUAAAAAUUAUACGCAAAUUCAAACUACGUUACCAUCAAGUGCCCAAUCAUUUACUGCGUUUCGGUCCUAUUAUGGAGGCGUUAAUACCAACUAUGUCAUAUCUGCAACUGUUAAAGAGUUGGCGCAAUUUGGCACGUUAUCAUUUUGAUAAUCCAAAAAUUAUGAAAUUGUGCCAGACACUAUUCGAAAAUAAGAAGCUAUUGCGCAAGGACAAUAUUCAUCCAAUUGUGUUCCUGAUGCAAAUGCGUGACUUGGGUAUGCGAGAUGACAUAGCAAAAUUGACACCCAAACGAGUUGAAGCGCUGAAAAUGCCAUUAUUCAAGCAACUUUACCAGCAGUCGUUUGGCAACAAUCAAAGCACUGGCUUGCGUAUGCACAUCACAAUAAAUAUACAAAAAAAUUACAGGAAAAAAACUUUAAAAAAUCACAAAAAAUUGGGAUUUCUCGAAGCUGCAAUAGCUUUGGCUUUUGGUUACUUUAAAAAAGAAAAAGAAGUCGACGUAUUCUACUGGAUCGAUGAAAAGCUUGUUUUGGGUCAGAUGCCCUGGGAGGCUGGCAUAACUGUAGAAGAUGCGAUUGACUACUGUGAUUUGUUGGAUAUUACAAAAACUAGCCAACGCCUCAUAACGCCCGUUUUGCGUGCUAUGGAACGCAAGCAAGUGUAUGAUGUAUUUCUAGUUAUUGUACCAACAGCUGGACGCGGUAAUCCAAAAAAUAAUUCCGAAUUUCUGUGCAAAUUUUUGGACAAAUAUCGCGAAAAGAAGAACCCAAAAGCAAAGUUCGUUAUAUUGGACUUGUUGAAAUUUCGCAAAUCGAUGCGUUAUUCAGAAACGCGCAACGAAAACGUGCUUGAAAUUUGCGGUUUAGACGAGCAUACUACAAAUUUGAUAAACAAUUUCGCUUUGAAUCGUUUCGGUUAAAGCCAAGCGCCAAACUUAUUUUCGAUAGCAGAACGCAGCAAAUUGGAAACGGUAUACGCGUUAGGCAUAGUGAAAAAAUGGUGUGCGUGAAGUAUAUUAAACAUAAUUUUUUCGCUUUCUGUUUAGCGGUAAGCGUAAUAAAUGAUUUCACUUGAUAAAUUGAGUGUUAGUGAACGUGAUUUGAAUCUAAACAUGCACACACACAAAAAUUGUAUUACGAGUGCGUUAUUAUUAAUCCGAUUGCUUAGUGAAAACAUAAUACAUACUUACACUAACGAUAAUAUUUAAAUGUUCUACUUACUACAUGCAAUACGCCAUGUAUAACCAAUUACGUAAUUAAUAUCAUAGCUUGUAGUAUGCAUAAAUAUGAAAGAUAAUUGUAGUGAAGUUUAUUUCCUUCUACUAGUGUUGAGAAUAAGUCUGCUUAUAUGUUCAUGUAUAAAUUUGCAUACUAAUUUUUCUGUUUGCUUCAUUUUUAAUUGAUGCUGUUAAUUUCCUUUCUACAAACAAACACAUACCACCUCUCUGCGACAGCAUUAUUAAGCGUUACGCUUUUUUUUUAUUAUUAUCAUUAAUUACAAAGUAAUUGAAAUGUACGCUUGUCUCAAUUGUUUAAAUGAAUUUCUGUUAAAUAAUACUAGUUAAUGUGCAACCGUUGAAAACGUGCUUUAAAGUAAUAAUGUUUAAAAUAAAACCAAACAAAAGAAAAGUAACCAUGCAAUUGAAAAUUUUGAACACAAUACCAUUGAAUGGAUACAAUCAAU